AUGGUCGAAUACCUUAUCUCUUUCCAGUUUCUAGGUUAUCUAUUUCGACUAGGUGGUGAUCAAACAACUAAUAACGACACUCAAACAAUUCGAACAUGCACGAACAAUCACACAUCGUUUGCUAAACAAGUUGAUAGUGGAUAUAAUGUGAUGGCGCCUAUAGGGGUUCAAUUGUACAUUCAAGAUACUCAUGUGGUGAUGGAUAACGGCAUAGUUCAGGUGACGUUAUCAAAUCCAGAUGGCAUCGUCACCGGAAUCAGCUAUAACGGCAUCGACAACUUGCUCGAAAUUCUCAACGACGAGUCGAACAGAGGGUACUGGGACUGUGUGUGGAAUUCACUGGAUGGAGGUAAAGCAGGAGGAUUUGAAGUGAUCAAAGCAACAAAAUUUGAAGUUAUAAAUGAGAGUGAAGAACAAGUAGAGCUCUCAUUUUCACGGCCAUGGGAUCCCUCUAUUCAGGGCAAGGUUGCUCCUAUAAAUAUAGACAAAAGGUUUGUUUUGCUCCGUGGUAGCCCGGGAUUCUACACGUACGCAAUAUACGAGCACGGUGGUUCGCCUGAGUGGCCCGCUUUCAGCCUUGGCGAGACCCGAAUCGCUUUCAAACUUCGAAAAGACAAGUUUCACUACAUGGCUAUGGCGGACAACCGACAGAGGUUCAUGCCGUUACCUGAUGACCGGUUAAUCGGAAGAGGCCAACCUCUUGCAUAUCCAGAGGCCGUCCUCCUUGUCAACCCAGUCGAGCCCGAACUCAAAGGAGAGGUGGACGACAAAUACCAAUACUCGUGUGACAACAAAGAUCAAAAGGUCCACGGGUGGAUCUCCAUGGACCCGCCAGUCGGGUUCUGGAUGGUCAUACCAAGCGACGAGUUCCGAACGGGUGGGCCCUUCAAGCAGAAUCUCACGUCCCACGUGGGGCCCACCACACUCUCCGUGUUUAUCAGUGCACACUACACAGGGGAAGAUUUGAACCCUAAAUUCGGACAGGGAGAGGCGUGGACGAAAGUUUUCGGCCCGGUUUUCAUCUAUCUUAAUUCUGUGAUGGAUGGAGAUAAUCCACUGACCCUUUGGGAUGACGCUAAACGGCAGAUGCAAGUCGAAGUUGAAUGCUGGCCUUACGCUUUCCCGGCAUCCCAAGAUUUCCAACCGGCAGAUCAAAGGGGCAGUGUCACGGGCAGGCUAUUGGUCUCCGACAGGUAUGUCAGUAGUGAUACCAUAAGUGCAAGUGGCGCGUAUGUAGGAAUGGCUCCUCCUGGAGAUCCCGGAUCCUGGCAAAGAGAAUGCAAGGAUUACCAAUUCUGGACAAGAGCAGAUGAGAUGGGUUAUUUUGCCAUCAACUAUGUGCGCACGGGUGACUACAAUCUUUAUGCUUUCGUCCCUGGCUUCAUAGGUGACUACAGAAAUGAUGGAAGCAUCACCAUAACCCCAGGUUGUGAGAUUGAAAUGGGCGAGAUAGUGUACGAGCCUCUGAGAGAUGGCCCCACACUUUGGGAAAUAGGUAUACCUGACCGUACAGCUGCAGAGUUUUAUGUUCCCGAUCCAGACCCUAAAUAUGUUAACAAACUCUAUGUCAAUCACCAGGACAGGUUCAGACAGUACGGGCUGUGGGACAGAUACUCUGUGUUAUAUCCCACUCAAGACUUGGUUUACACUGUUGGCCAGAGUGACUACACAAAGGACUGGUUUUUCGCCCAGGUUACCAGGAAAAAGGACAACAACACGUACCAAGGAACCACUUGGCAAAUCAAAUUUGCGCUCGACUCUGUCGAUCAAAACGGGACUUAUAAACUGCGGGUGGCGCUUGCUUCCGCAACUUUAGCUGAACUUCAGGUUCGAGUCAAUAAUCCGAGCACAACCAGACCAUUGUUCUCGAGUGGGCUAAUCGGGAGAGAUAACUCGAUUGCAAGGCACGGGAUUCAUGGACUGUACUGGCUGUACAACAUAGACAUAGGAGGUGGCAUGCUUGUUCAAGGAGAUAAUACUAUAUACUUGACACAACCCAGAAGCCAAAGUCCUUUCCAGGCCAUUAUGUAUGAUUACAUCAGGCUUGAAGCUCCAUCCUAA